CCAAAAAAAUUUCUGAUAAAAAAGAGUUCUUUAGCUCCUCCUUCUUCUCGUCGAUCUCAAACGCGCGAGGGCGAGAGAGAGAGGCACAGGGAGAGAUGGAUCCGGACUCGGUGAAAUCAACCCUUUCGAAUCUGGCAUUUGGGAAUGUGAUGGCAGCGGCGGCCAGAGAUUACCAGAAGGAAAUGUUAGCUAAAGACAAGGCGGAUGAUGCAACAGCUGCCAAUGAAGAGGUUGAUCUUGAUGAAUUGAUGGAUGAUCCUGAGCUUGAAAAGUUGCAUGCUGAGAGGAUAGCUGCUCUAAAGAAAGAAGCAGAGAAGCGGCAGGUCUUGAAAAGGCAAGGACAUGGAGAAUACAGAGAGAUAUCUGAAGGGGAUUUUCUUGGAGAGGUCACUGGAAGUGAAAGAGUAAUCUGCCAUUUCUACCACCGCGAGUUCUAUCGAUGCAAGAUUAUGGACAAGCAUUUGAAGGCCCUUGCACCAUUGCACCUUGAUACCAAGUUUAUCAAGCUGGAUGCAGAAAAUGCUCCCUUCUUUGUGGCAAAGCUAGCAGUCAAAACCCUGCCCUGUGUGAUACUAUUCAGGAAUGGCAUUGCCUUUGAUAGAAUAGUCGGGUUUCAAGAUCUUGGCAGUAAGGAUGAUUUCACCUCCAGAGCAUUGGAAAACCUUCUCAAGAGGAAAGGCAUCAUCGACGAAAGGAAAAACAAUGAUACUGAAGAAGAUGAUGACGACGAUACAGAACAAGGCAGAAGUAGGAAUGUCAGAUCAUCUACAUUGCAGGAUUCUGAUUCAGACUGAUGACCAAAUCAAAGCAAAUUUGGUACACCUUAUGAUCUUGUGACCAUAAUAUCAGUCUUGAAAACAUUGUCUGCAUGCAGGAUCAUUGUCUGUGUGGUUUGAAUCUCUGAAAUUGUCUGCAUGGUUGUAUACUCUUUGUGAGUGAAUGGAAGAACAAGGGAGGAAUCAGAUAAAUUAUAAAUUUCCAACCGAGUAUGAGUUCUGACCAUGUAAUACUUGCCAUGGCCUUUUGAUGUGGUUGUAAUAUGUACACUUACUAAUGCAUGAGUUUUGGCUCAUGUCUUGCAGUUUUGUUCUAUUAUUAAGAAUUAUUAUGAACCCUUCAUUUGGUGGCUUGAAGAA